UAGCCAAGACCGAGCAGCAAAAACAUCAUAGCACAUUCCUGGGUAGUCCUCAGCUGCCAGCAUCUGAUUAAAACCAUAUCUCUCGCUGUGAGUGGCUAACUAAUCUCAAGGCGAGAGUACAACUGAAUAUUUAACCGGGCCCCCGGUCCCAGCCAGGCUACCGGCUGCAGUCGUCGGAUCAUGCACGGAGCGGCACGGAUCUAGCCUCAAGCACAGCUGACCACCAUCUCAUCAUGUCUACUGAAGCUGAUACUACUUCUAUCAACAGCCAGCCUGAGCAACAGGCUCCACCAAAAGCACAACCUUCAAAGAAAGAAAAAAAGAAGGGGCCAGAAAAGACAGAUGAAUCUCUCUUGGCCAGAUUCAAAGGUGAUGGUGUAAGAUACAAAGCUAAACUCAUAGGUAUUGAUGAUGUCCCAGAGGCAAGAGGAGACAAAAUGAGUCAGGAUUCAAUGAUGAAGCUGAAGGGAAUGGCAGUGGCAGCCCGUUCACAGGGUCAGCACAAACAGAAGAUCUGGGUGAACAUCUCCCUCACUGGUAUCAAGAUAAUAGAUGAGAAAUCUGGGGUCAUAGAGCAUGAGCAUCCAGUAAACAAAAUCUCCUUUAUUGCUCGGGAUGUAACAGACAACCGUGCCUUCGGCUAUAUAUGUGGAGGAGAAGGCCAGCACCAGUUUUUUGCCAUAAAAACUGCACAACAGGCUGAGCCUCUAGUUGUUGAUCUUAAGGACCUCUUUCAACUAAUAUAUAAUAUGAAGAAGAAAGAAGAAGACAAGAAAAAGAGUGAAGAAGCCAGUAAAACUGAGAAUGAUAGCGAAGCAUUACCUGCUCAUCAGGCUGACAAAAUGAAACUGGGAGUUGACCAGAUGGACUUGUUUGGGGAUAUGUCAACACCUCCUGAUAUGAGCAGUCCCACAGAAGCUAAAGAGAUUCUGUUAGUGGAUCUAAAUUCUGAAAUUGAGACCAAACAGACUUUUACAAAAGAGGAUCUCUUCUUGAAUGGCAUGAAAAAUUCUCUUCCACAACCAAAGCCACAGCCACCCUUCUUACCUGAGAGUUCUUUCUCUACCAAUCUCAGCUUCUUUCCCACACCUAAUCCAGACCCUUUCAGUGAUGAUCCUUUUGCACAGCCAAACAAAUCUGCACCACCUUCAUUUGAUUCUCUAAAAUCUGCUCAUCAGAAGAAGGAAAGUCUGAGUACCUUCACACCAGUGGGUAAUGGUGCUUCAAAUGGUGAUAUUGACUACUUUGGUAAACAGUUUGACCAGAUUUCUAAUAGAACUGGCAAACGAGAAGCACUAACAAGCCAGUGGCCACUUCAAAGUCAGUCACCUGCAGCAAGAGCUCCAAAUGGAGUACCCGAGAGAGAACAGAAUGGCUUUCUUAAAGCCCCAUCAAACCUGUUUGUGGAAGGUCCUUCCAAAGGAGUAUCUCUGCAGAAUGGAGUAAAGCUGGAUUCUGAAAGCAAUAUCCAGCUCAUGUCACAUGAGUCUAUAACAAUUAGCCCACCGCCACAAAGUACCAAGCCAGGAAGAGGAAGGAGGUCUGUCAAGACUGCAUCGAAUGACUUAUUUAGCUCAGACUUCUUUGUGCCAACUACAGAGAGCCUUAGCUUGACCUCAGUGGCACAAACAGGACCUGUGCCACUGGACCUCUUCAAAACAAGUCCUACUACGGCACCUCCAUUGGCUGGUCUAGGUGGCUUGCCAGUAACUUCAUCACCAUGGAGUGCACAGACACCUGCCUUCACACAGGCUGCAUCAGUCUUUCCUGGGUCUAUGAUACCUGCACAGCCUACAGGAUUUACUCAACCACUUGCCUUUGGUACUCAAGCAGUGCCAAGUUGGAACCAGCCUGCAUCUUUUGGUCCAGCAGCCCCGCAGCCCUCUGGUCUCUGGGCACAGCCAGCUCAAGUUCCAUCUAGUUCAUGGGCACAGCCAUCCAGUGCUGUAAAUCCCUUCCAGAGUAGUGUGUUCCCACCUUCAACACUACCUGCUCAAACACCAUCUGUACUGCCCUCUGUGUCAACAACAACCAGCCCACCUCAGCCACCACCUAGAACUGCACCUCAGAAAGAGCUAUCCAAGAGAGAGAGUGAUGCUUUUAUUGCUCUGGAUCCACUUGGUGAUAAAGAGAUGAAGGAUGUCAAGGAAAUGUUCAAAGACUUCCAGCUGACAAAGCCACCUGCAGUACCAGCAAGGAGAGGAGAGCAACAAAGCCUUUCAGAACCACCAAAGCCUGUUCCUCGACAAAGUGUGCUGCCAGCUGAUGGCCUGUUUGAAAGUCAAGCUAAAACAGACUUUUUCAGUGCCUCAUCUAAGGAAUCUCAGAAACCACCUUCUGGUCCUUUUGGUGAUCCUUUUGGCAACCCAUUUGCAUAGAUCAGGCAUAACCAGAAAAGGACAAAUGGAAUAACUGGACCUCUUCUCAACAUGAUUUUUCUACAUGUUUCACUUUGCUGUCUGCCACUUUUGCUGCUGUUCCAUGAUGUCUGUAAUCUAAAACAUGUCCAGGUGGAUUGAAACACAAACCCUCAAAGAACAUGCUGUGAAGACAAUAAUUCAGGGCAAAGCAAAUGGAGAGCUGGACUUGUACUGGAGACCCAAAUUCAAAUUGGUGGAUGUUAACUUUACUUUAGUUCUUUGCAAUCUUCCACAGAAAAGCUUAGCAACCCUAAGUCAUGUGUCUUGUAAACCUGGUCACCCCAAUUCCUCUUUCUGUAGCACUUACUGUCCUAAAAUGUAGGAACUGAAUGUACCUUGGGAAGAAGUGUUGCCUUUGCAUAAGGGAAUUGAAUUAGUAGCUAGAACUCCACACCUUAAACAACUAGGUCAGUUGCCUGUUAUCACAACAGCAGCCAGUUGUAAAGUUAAGUGGAUACUACUCAGUUCUAAUUGGUGACUGGACAUAUGACUUGGUCUCUGAGCCACAAAGAUGUCAACCAUAUGAUGGCAGGGGGGAACCAAUACUUCUCUAUCUAACUAGUAGUAAAAUUAUCAUUCUGCCAUAGAUGUGUAAUAAAGGGACUGGACCUUUUAACAGAACUGCUGGAGUCCUGAGUACUAGAGUUCUACACUGUAGGGUCAGAUAAGCUGAAAUACUUCUUGCAGAUCAUUGAGGUAGUCAUGGACAUUAACUAUUGUCUUGGUGCUAAUAUGGCUGCUUUUCAGGGAGGGAAAUCUACUAGGACUUAUUUGCUAUUAAGGUGGCUUGGCAGACAAAUGGAACAAGCAGGUAGGCUUCUUAUGUAGAUCUCAGUGAAUGUCUCUAAUGUUGCUCAGUUUGAGUUGUCACAUGGUGUAGUGUGGCAUGUUUCCAGUAUAUUAGAAAGCAAAGGACAAUCAUGACUUCACUCCAUGCCUAGAUUCCUUGUGAAAAGAUGCACCCCUUUUGUGCCAUUAAUGUGAGGUGGUCCUCCAUCUCUUGAAAACCAUGCCUUUUCUGAAGAACCUCUUUACUAAAACAUCUUUAAAUCAGUUGGUUAUGACUGACUGUUACAACUACAUUCUUGGCCAGUGGUGAUGGCUGAUAUGUUAGAGGUUUUUUUCUGUUAAUGCCAAGUAUGAACUUGAAAUACUAUUGUUAAAUCAAAUGCCUAAGCAGUUGCUGAAAUGGAGAGCUAAGUCAACUUGAAUACAGCCUUAGGACCCAAUUCAGCCAGUCAUAUAAUUAGUCUUGUAUAUAAACUUCUCUUGCACUUUCUGUAAUGCAAAAAAAAAACAAAACUAUGAAUUUAAAUAUUUGUCUCAAACUGGAAAUGUAGAAACUUAUGGAUGUUACACUGUUGUAUCUCAAGUGAUGUUACCUAAUGACAUUAAACAGAAGCAACUCUUCAUAACAAA